AUGUAUGCAGCAGUGGAACAUGGGCCUGUUCUUUGCAGCGAUUCCAACAUCCUCUGCCUCUCCUGGAAAGGGAGAGUCCCCAAAAGUGAAAAGGAGAAACCGGUGUGCAGGAGGCGGUACUAUGAGGAAGGCUGGUUGGCAACAGGCAAUGGCAGAGGAGUUGUAGGCGUCACUUUUACUUCCAGCCAUUGCAGGAGGGACCGGAACACCCCUCAGAGAAUCAACUUCAAUUUGAGGGGCCACAACAGUGAGGUUGUGCUGGUGAGAUGGAACGAACCAUUCCAGAAAUUAGCAACCUGCGAUGCAGAUGGAGGAAUAUUUGUUUGGAUACAAUACGAAGGCAGAUGGUCUGUGGAGCUUGUGAAUGAUCGUGGGGCACAGGUAAGCGACUUUACAUGGAGCCAUGAUGGGACUCAAGCACUUAUCUCCUAUAGAGAUGGAUUUGUGCUGGUUGGUUCAGUCAGCGGACAGAGACACUGGUCUUCAGAAAUAAACUUGGAGAGUCAGAUCACCUGUGGCAUAUGGACUCCAGAUGACCAACAGGUACUCUUUGGUACUGCUGAUGGGCAGGUUAUCGUCAUGGACUGCCAUGGCCGAAUGCUGGCUCAUGUGCUCCUUCACGAGUCAGAUGGCAUCCUCAGCAUGUCCUGGAACUACCCCAGCUUCCUGGUGGAGGACAGCAGUGAGAGUGACACGGACUCCGAUGACUAUUCCCCACCGCAAGAUGGACCAGCCGCGUAUCCAGUCCCGGUGCAGAACACCAAGCCGCUACUUACUGUCAGCUUCACGUCGGGAGACAUCAGUUUAAUGAACAACUAUGACGACUUGUCUCCUACUAUCAUCCGCUCAGGGUUGAAAGAUGUGGUGGUACAGUGGUGUACACAAGGCGACCUACUUGCAGUAGCAGGCAUGGAGAAGCAAAGCCAGCUAGUUGACCUUAGCAAUGGUUCCCUGUUGAAAAGCGCACUUGUCAAGUUCUACAAUGUGCGCGGGGAACAUAUCUACACUCUGGAGACACCUGUGCAGCGUCCCAUCAUCUCAAUCUGUUGGGGUCACAGGGAUUCGCGCCUGCUGAUGGCCUCCGGACCUGCAUUAUACGUUGUCAGAGUCGAGCACAGGGUCUCCAGUCUGCAGCUGCUGUGCCAGCAGACCAUCGCUAGCUGUCUGCGGGAUGACAAGGAUAUCAGCAAACUGACCCUGCCCCCUCGGCUCUGCUCAUACCUCACCACUGCCUUUAUACCAACAAUCAAGCCUCCUAUCCCAGACCCAAACAAUAUGAGAGAUUUUGUCAGCUAUCCAACAGCUGGUAAUGAACGGCUUCACUGCACGAUGAAGCGGACAGAAGAUGACCCAGAGGUCGGUGGUCCAUGUUAUACUCUGUACCUGGAAUACCUUGGGGGACUGGUGCCUAUCCUGAAAGGACGUCGUAUCAGCAAGUUGCGGCCAGAGUUUGUCAUCAUGGAUCCUAAAACAGAUGGAAAAGCAGAUGAAAUCUAUGGGAACAGCUUGAUUUCCACUGUGAUUGACAGCUGCAACUGCUCGGACUCCAGUGAUAUUGAACUGAGUGAUGACUGGGCAGCAAAGAAAUCUCCCAAAAUCAGUCGUGCUAGCAAAUCACCUAAACUCCCCAGAAUCAAUAUAGAAGCUCGCAAAUCUCCAAAGAUGUCACGAGCUGCGCAGGAGAUAUCAAGAUCGCCAAGGUUACCAAUAAGGAAACCUUCUAUUGGUUCUCCAAGCCUAACCCGAAGAGAGUUUCCUUUAGAAGAUAUUACUCAGCACAACUACCUUGCUCAGGUCACAUCUAAUAUCUGGGGAACGAAAUUUAAAAUUGUGGGUUUGGCUGCUUUCCUGCCAACUAACCUUGGUGCAGUAAUAUAUAAAACCAGUUUGCUGCAUCUUCAGCCCAGGCAGAUGACAAUAUAUCUCCCAGAAGUGCGGAAAAUUUCAAUGGACUACAUUAACCUGCCUGUCUUUAAUCCAAAUGUUUUCAGCGAAGAUGAAGAUGAUUUACCAGUGCCCGGCGCCCCCGGCGCCCCCACCAGCAGCCCUCCGUGCACCGUCAACAUCCCCAUUGCCCCCAUCCACAGCUCAGCCCAGGCCAUGUCGCCCACACAGAGCAUCGGCUUGGUCCAGUCACUGCUGGCCAAUCAGAAUGUGCAGCUGGACAUGUUGGCCAAUCCGCCAGCGGAAGCGGGGAGCGAGGGGGCGGGGUCCUUCGCAGGGGCACCGGGCCGCUUUCCCGGCCCUGGGGCGGGGGCGCUGGCUGGGGGAGAGCUGGGCCGUGCUGCCCCUGCACCCCCCACCCUCACCCCACCGCCCCCUGUGCCCCCCACCAUCGCCCUGGCUGACCUGCGGGACCACAGCGAUCGCGAGCACGAGCACCCCCCCAAGGCCAAGGCCCCACGGCCAGGGCCACAGCUGGUGGAAGGGGACGCCGUCGUCUUUGGGGCUGCCCAGGAGCUGCAGCUGAACAAGAUGAACCCCCCGCCGCCUUACCCUGGCACCAUUCCUGCCGCGCUGACCGCUGCCCCGCCUCCCCCACCUGGCCCCCCACAGCCACCCCUUGACCUCUGCCUGAAAAAGGGGGAGUUCUCUCUCUACCCGGCGGGGCACUACCAGACACCCCUGGGGUACGAGCGGAUAACAACAUUCGACAGCAGCGGGAACGUGGAGGAGGUGUGCCGACCUCGCACCAGGAUGCUCUGCGCCCAGAGCACCUACACCCUGCCAGGGCCUGGCAGCUCUGCUACCUUGCGCAUCACCGCCACCGAGAAGAAGAUGCAGCAGCCCUGUGCCAGCGCCACCCUGAACCGGCUCACGGUCCCCCGUUACUCCAUCCCAACCGGGGACCCACCACCCUACCCUGACAUCGCCAGCCAGCUGUCCCAUGGCAGAAGCAUCACGCAGAGGCUAGACAGCAGUAUCAUUCACGCGACUCUGCGGAGGAACAGCAGAGAGGCAGCCCUGAAAAUGGCUCAGCUGGUGGAUGGUCAGAGAGCCACCUUGCAGCUUCCCCCAAAAGCCAAGAGCAGCGUUGUGACGGCGCAGUAUCAGCAGAGAGUACCCACUGCCUUGUACACCUGCAGCCAAUGCAGCAGCGGCAGCAACGCGAGCGCUGGUGGCGUGGGCAAUAUCACUAGUGCCAACGCUAGUAGCAGCACUUCCAGUAUUGGUGGCAUGAGACCUGAGCUGAGCACGGGGAGUGGCUCCCAGCACAGCUCCGUCAUUGCUCACUCUGUCAGUACUUCGCCUCUGGCCUCCCAGUCCUCCUACAGCUUGCUGAGCCCGCCUGACAAUUCCCGUGACCGAGCGGAUUAUAUCAACUCUGCCUUCACGGAGGAUGAGGCUCUUUCUCAGCACUGCCCGGUGGAGAAAUCAAUACGGCACGUACCCGUGGCCUUGACGGAGGCUGCCCUCGGUGUAAAACGGCCCCCGCCAUACCAGUGGGACCCUAUGGUGAGUGAAGAGAUAUGGGUUCCUCAGGAAAGGACAUCUCAGAGCUCAGUGCCCAACCCUCUAAAACCUACUCCUCUCAUCAUCGGUCAAGCUCAACAUCUGGAUAUGUCUCGAGUGCCGUUUGUUUCCCCCAAGUCUCCAACCAGUCCCACUGCCACUUUCCAGACAAGUUAUGGGGUUGGAGUACCUUACCCAGGAAGCUACAAUGCCCCUUCCCUUCAGGGAAUGCAGCCCCCCUGCUCCCCCAAAGAAGCUCUGGCCCCAACGCAGUUUGCACAGCAGGAGUCCACAGUUGUGCUUCAGCCAGGUUAUCCAUCCAACCUCUCCUAUUGCCCUUUGCCACCCAUGUACCCGGGAAGUAGCGCCUGCUCUAGUUUACAGCUGCCACCGAUCGCCUUGCACCCAUGGAGUUCCUACAGCGCCUGCCCACCCGUACAGAACCCCCAGGGCAUGGUCCCCCCCAAGCCGCUCCUCAUGGUGGAGAAGCCGAUGAUGUCUCCCCCGGCAGCAGAGCUGCAGGGCCACGUGGGCACAGAGGUAAUGGUGGAGACAGCAGACACAUUCCAGGAGGUGCUCUCCUUGACAGAAAGCCCUGUUCCUCAAAGGACGGACAGAUUCGGCAAGAAGAACCGGAAGCGCCUGGACAGUCGAGCCGAGGAAGGAAACGUGCAGGCUAUCACCGAGGGCAAGGUCAAAAAGGAGGCAAGGACGCUGACCGACUUCAAUUCACUAAUAUCCAGCCCUCGGCUGGGGAGGGAGAAGAAGAAAGUCAAGAGCCAGAAAGACCAGCUGAAGUCCAAGAAGCUAAACAAGACAAACGAGUUUCAGGACAGUUCGGAGAGCGAGCCAGAGCUUUUUAUCAGCGGGGAUGAACUGAUGAACCAGAGCCAGGGCAGCAAAAAGGGUUGGAAAACCAAAAGGAGUUUGAGGACAGCCAGUGAGCUGGAUGAAUUCAAGUGCCGGAAGGCCAGCGAGAAGGAAGACGGGAGACUGGGGAGCCAGGGCUUUGUGUAUGUGAUGGCCAACAAGCAGCCGCUGUGGAACGAGGCCACACAAGUCUACCAGCUGGACUUCGGAGGGCGGGUGACCCAGGAGUCAGCAAAAAACUUCCAGAUUGAGCUGGAAGGACGACAGGUGAUGCAGUUUGGAAGGAUUGAUGGCAAUGCUUACAUUUUGGACUUUCAAUAUCCAUUUUCUGCAGUGCAAGCCUUUGCUGUUGCUCUGGCUAAUGUGACUCAACGCCUCAAAUGAACAAGGAGAGA